AUGAACAACAACACGGGUUCGGACGGCGAGGCGGGGGCACCGCCAACGUCAACUGAGUCACCCCCUCCCCAGAGUACCACGGAGACGCCUCCUCCCCCCGAAUCUACCACAACGUCGCAAACACCGCCGCCACCCGAAUCAACCACAACAACCUCCCAGACUCCACCUCCGCCACCAACGAGCACCUCGAGUGAAACAUCAACCUCCGAGCCGCCGCCGCCGCCCACUUCAACGAGUAGCUCCUCGUCUUCGUCUUCAACCAGCUCUUCUUCCCCACCCCCAUCAUCGAGCAGCACCAAACCCCCACCAACAUCAAGAUCCUCCUCAUCACAGAAUGGCCCGCCAACUAGCACCGUUUAUACCACGGUUACCUCGCAGAGCCCGACGCCCACUGGGCAAAGUUCGGUACCACCUACCUCAACUACCGGCUCUGCUAUCGACCCGAGCGGCAGCCCGAGCAGUGGUCUGGGGAACAACGGGACAAUCGCCGUAGCCGUCGUGGUCCCCAUUGCCGCUGUCGCUAUUCUGGUCUUGGUCGGUAUUUUCUUGUGGCGCAAGAGGAAGCAACGGCACGCGGAGGAGGAAAGGCGCAAGGAGGUCGAAGACUAUGGCUACAACCCCAACUCGGACCCCACGAUCCCCGCCGUCGCUGACUCCACUUUCGAGAUGCGUGAGGACAACUCGUCCGGAUACCGCGGCUGGGGCUCCACCGCGUUCGGCGGCUCGACCGGACGGAAGGCGUCCACGACCAUGUCGGGCGGUGCUGCCGCCUACUCUGACCCCGCGUCGCCCACCCGCGGCACCGUCGACGCGCGCUCUGCCGAGCCACUCAUGAACGAGGGGCCGCCGUCGCCGGAAGGCGAGAUCCUCGGCGCCAUGGGGCCAUCAGCUGCGAACAACCGCGCCGACGUGCGUCGCGGACCUUCCAACGCUUCGUCUUCGUACAGCGCCGCCGCGCGAUCUGAUGGGUCUGGCGAUGGACCCAUUGGCGUUGCCUAUGGUGGGAGCAACCCUGCCGGGGGUAACCAGUACUACGACCAGUACGCCGGCGGGAACCCUUACUCGGAUAACGCAUACGACGGACAGCCAACUGCCGCCGGUGGAUCGCCUGUGAUUCGGGAUGUGACGGCUCGACGGAACACCCGGAUCGAGAGCCCAUCUCAUUACCCGCAGCAGACGGCGGGUAUUUCGCAGAAUUUCUAA